CCAGAUUCUCGAACAAACUGUGGAAUAUGGCGACCUAUGUGGACAUCAUUUCCAAAGCAGCCCCCCAAGGUGAUAACGCGGUCGAUUUGGAUGAUUGCCACAACGAAACGGACAAAUGGCUCCUCUCUCGAUAUCACCGUACCCUGGAUACGGUAGCCGAGUCGAUCGAUAGAAUGGAACUCAACCAGGCAUUCCAACGACUACACGAAUUUCUACUCGCCGAUCUCUGUGACGUGUAUUUGGAGACGACAAAAUCGGCGUUGAGAAGCGGGGAUAAGAAGAGACUGGCGGAGAUUCGAGCGACAUUCAGCCAUGUGAUCCCUGGAGUACUGGCCCAACUGUCCGUCUUCAUGCCGUUCGCUUCUGAAGUGAUCUACGAACAAGCCGCUACCGUUACCCACCGCCAGUCCAUACACGCCAUUAUUCUAAAGUCUGACCCGACCCGCCUGGACCCGGUGGCCGAAGCGAAGAUGGCGAGCACAAUGGGCAUCGUGAAAUCCCUGCGAUCCCUCCGUGAAGUAUUCCAAUUUGCUCGCGACAAGAAGACGCCUGGAACGCUCUUCUACGACUCAGCCCAAAAUACGCCGAAAAUCGUGCCAGAAGUCGUCGAAUCGCUCUGCGGAUUCAAGCCCGUUUUUGCGGAAAUCGACGCCUCGAAGAAUGACAUUGUCCCCUUUACCGUACCCAAUCUUCCCGGGAGUUUUGCCAUCAAAAUACAGGCAGAGAAACAGGCGAGCUACUUGGGAUUGUUGAAGGAACGGCUGUCGAAGAAUGAUGAGAGGGUAGAGAAGCAAAGGGCUCUACUCGACCGAUUCAGACAGAUUGCACGCACCAAUAUCGCCAAUGAAAAGGUACGCGCCGAUCGAAAAGCGAAAGACGCGAAACUCGUCCAAAACGCCGAGGCCAAGCUGCAAAUCCUGGAGGAAGAAGUGAAGAAAAUGAGGGCACAGCUUUAUUCA